GCAACCGAGGUGAAGAUGAACGAGGUGGAGUUCAACCCUCAGUUUGUCAGCAGGAUGAUCCCCAAACUGGAGUGGAGCGCUCUGGUCCAGGCUGCAGAGGGGUUGGGUCAACGGCAGGACCUGCCGGGUGAGCUCGUGCCAGACUACGAGAAAAACGAAGACUUCCUGAAGAAAGUGCACAGAGUGCUAUUAGAGGUGGAGGUGAUCGAGGGCUGUCUGCAGUGCCCUGAAUCAGGACGAGAGUUCCCGAUCUCCAGAGGAAUCCCCAACAUGCUGCUGAACGAAGAAGAGGUGUAGACGACAGCAAACACAACCUCACCCCAAACUGUCACUCAGAUUGGACUGAGGGAGAGAGAGGGAGGCUGGACUUUAAGUUGGUGCCAUGAGAGAAUUGGCCACACUGUUUGGUUGAUUGUAGUUAUGACAUUUAAGUGGCCGAUGCUGCCAGUGGAAGAAAAAGAUCUGAAGAAUAACAGAUGGAAAUGUUCCCCGAGAGGAACCCCCAGUGGUUUUAUCUGUAUUUAUUUUUGUAACUGUUUGGGUUCUUUCCUUUUUCUUUUUCAAUAAAACUGUCCUGAUUUCAACGACAGCCAAAA